AAAUAGCAUGAUGUCAGAAAACAGGUGAAAGAAAGAAAGAGCUGAAUAACGAACAACGUUAAACAAAAAAUAAUUAAAACACCGUCACUCACAUUUCAUCAAAUUUGAUAUGAUAUGAUACGUAAAUAGGAAAAAUUAGGGAUUGCUAGAUUUUGUUUCUGUUGAAUCCACAAAUUUACAGCUGCAACGGCGACAUUUUGGUUGGCUUGGGGUUAGGGUUAGGGUUAGGGAUGGGAUCGAAGAAGACGGAGACUACUACAUCAACAGCAGCUCCGGUACUAAGAAGAGAUCCUUAUGAGGUUUUAUCGGUUUCGAAAGAUGCUACUGACCAGGAGAUUAAAACUGCUUAUCGAAAAUUAGCACUCAAAUAUCAUCCAGACAAGAAUGCCAGCAAUCCUGAAGCCUCUGAGCUUUUCAAGGAGGUUGCAUAUUCUUACAGCAUCUUAUCUGACCCAGAAAAGAGAAGGCAGUAUGAUAUUGCUGGGUUUGAGGCUCUUGAUACUGAAAGCAUUGAUAUGGAAAUUGACUUAUCUAAUCUCGGUACUGUGAAUACGGUAUUUGCUGCAUUAUUCAGUAAGCUUGGUGUUCCUAUCAAAACUACAAUAUCUGCUAAUGUUCUUGAAGAAGCUCUUAAUGGAACCGUCACAAUCAGACCCCUUCCUAUUGGAACAUCAGUUAGUGGGAAGGUGGACAAGCAAUGCGCUCACUUCUUUGGUGUAACAAUAAAUGACCAACAAGCAGAGUCGGGGAUUGUUGUACGAGUAACUUCAACUGCACAAAGCAAAUUUAAGUUACUGUACUUUGAACAAGAUGCCAAUGCUGGCUAUGGUUUGGCUUUACAGGAAGAUAGCGAGAAGACUGGCAAGGUGACUUCUGCAGGAAUGUAUUUCUUACAUUUUCAAGUGUACAGAAUGGACUCAACUGUGAAUGCUCUAUCCAUAGCCAAGGAUCCUGAUUCUGCUUUCUUUAAAAGAUUGGAUGGCCUGCAACCUUGUGAGGUUUCAGAACUAAAAGCUGGCACUCAUAUAUUUGCUGUUUAUGGAGAUAAUUUUUUCAAAACUGCUACCUACGUAAUAGAGGCACUUUGUGCAAAAACAUAUGAGGAUACCACGGAGAAGCUCAAGGAUGUUGAAGCACAAAUUUUAAGAAAAAGAAUUGAGCUACGCCAAUUUGAAACGGAAUACAGGAAGGCUUUGGCCCGCUUUCAAGAGGUGACAAACCGAUACAGCCAGGAAAAAGUUUCUGUGGAUGAAUUGCUGAAGCAGCGAGACAGCAUACAUGCUUCAUUCACCGUAACCAAAACAGUCAGUAAUUUGACCAACGGAAGUACAAGCAAAGUUCUCGGUGAAGAUUCGAAAGGUGAGAGUCCGGGGGAAGACGGAAGUGAUGGAAAGGAUAAAUCAGCGAAAAAGAAAUGGUUCAACUUGAACAUGAAAGGGUCUGAUAAAAAGCUUGGUUGAAACUGAAAGGUUCUUUCAGGUGAUUUUGCAUUUGCUUUAUAUAGAUUUGAUUGCGUUAACGAUAUUCGCAUUUAAUAUUUGAACCACCAUCUUCUUCAUGCAAAAGUUUGUAGUUUAUUAUCUGUUCCAUUUUUUCUAUUAUUAGGGUUUUUCUUUUUCCCCCCUUCUUCAUGGUGGUUCUUUCUAUGGCAUGUUUUAAUUACGAUUAUUGAUGGGGAGUUUCAGUGUUUGAAAGUGUAUGUAAAACUUCAAUUCAUAUAUUGGUAAAGUGCAUUUCUUGUCUUAGCUCAUAUAGGAAACUUAACAUAUGUUGUAAUUUUGUUUUUUUAAUAAAUCAUUCAUUUUGUUUA